UUUGAGAAUGGCAAUGAUUAGAGUAAUAUUGCUGAUAGCACUGCUCUCAAUAACAACUGUGUUCGGUGGUCCAGGGGAUUGCACCACGGUGAGAAUUGGCUGCUUCAAGGACAAUUGGAACAGAGCGAUAGAAGGUGGAAUCAGGUUUAAUUCAAACAACCCCAUUGUUGACUGCGCAAACUAUGCUGGCGCAAGAGGCUGGACCAUAUUUUCAGUCCAAGCCAACUCUGAGUGUUUCACCGCAGCCAAUGCUGGUCAAACAUACAACAGAUACGGAGGGGCGAAUAACUGUGUAAAUGGUAGAGGAGGCGGCUAUGCACAGGAUGUGUACGAGGUUUCAUGUGAACCGGAGUUCGAAUGUACAUCUGAGGAAACGGGACAAACACUGGGGCCGAACGAAUCGUACAUCAACGACUCCGGAAAGAAGUGUGUAUGUGGCUCAGAGGGAUUUGUGUGUCUUUGUGAUGACGCGUCCAUGUCCUGCCCUGCUGGAAGUAGCAAAUGGACUGAUCAACUCACCUGUACAGCUAAAUGCAUCAAAGAUGCGGCACAUUGUUCUAGUUCUGGUGAUCCUCAUUACCACUCGUUUGACGGAAAGUACUACGAUUUCCAUGGAACAUGUACAUACCAGGCAGCCAGUUGUGAUGAUUUCCAGUUUAUGCUACCCUGA